UUCACACAGAGGAACAUUCUAAGGAUUUACCCCAUAGAAACUUAAAGUUGCCUCCUCAAAUUACCAACCACAUGUUGGAUGGAUGCAUGGAGCUCAAAUGGUUGUGUCUAAUGUGCAAGGAUGUGAUAAAUCACUAUGGUUGAUGCAUGGGAUGUUUACAGCCAAUGAUGAGGCCCUGCCUUUUUUAUGCACAAGGGCUCAAAUGAUGAGGUUUUUUUAUCCUAAAAAGACCUUGAUAGUGACAAAGACAUUGAAGGUGAAAGCAUUUAUGGCUAAUGGAUGUCACUUGGAUUUUAAUCAAACCCCCUUGAUUCAUUCUCCCCACAGACUUCUACACAGAAGUUAGUAAGGUCCGUUUUGUUUUUCUGAUAAUUCGAGAAUUUGAUUCCUAUUUUUAGUUAUUGUUGAAAUCAGUUACAUUCCUAUCUUAUAACAUAGUAUACUCACAUUGCUAAAUAUCUCAACACUCAUUGCACUAUACGUUUCACUUCACAUCAGUAUUUUGCAGAGCUCUGAUCACGUCAUAUGCAGCUGGUUGU